GCGGCGCGGCGCGCCGGGCGCCCUUGGCAGGGAGCGGCCAUGAGCGGGAGCGGCGUGAACCGCGCGCUGGAGCUGCUGCGCUCGCUGCCCAAAGUCAGCCUGGCCAACUUAAGGCCCAACCCCGGCUCCAAAAAGCGGGAAAGAAGACGUGGCCGUGGAAGAUACGGAGGUAGAAAGUGUGGCCGAGGUCACAAAGGAGAAAGACAAAGAGGGAAUCGCCCCAGACUAGGCUUUGAGGGUGGUCAAACUCCGUUUUACUUGGCCAUACCAAAAUAUGGAUUUAAUGAGGGACAUAGCCUCAGACGUCAGUACCAACCCCUGAGUCUUCAGAGGCUGCAGUACCUGAUUGAUUUGGGCAGAGUUGACCCCACGCAGCCAAUUGACUUAACUCAGCUCACUAACGCCAGAGGUGUGACAGUGCAGCCUCUCAAGAGGGAUUACGGUGUCCAGCUGGUGGAGGAGGGUGCUGAUAUUUUUGCAGCAAAAGUAAAUAUUGAAGUGCAGAGGGCAUCUGAAUUAGCAAUUGCAGCCAUAGAAAAAAAUGGAGGCGUAGUAACAACAUCGUUCUAUGACCCAAGGAGCUUGGAAAUUUUAUGCAAGCCAGUAGUAUUUUUCCUCCGUGGCAAACCUAUCCCAAAGCGAAUGCUCCCACCUGAAGACCUCGUCCGUUACUACACAGAUCCCAGGAAUCGGGGCUACCUGGCAGAUCCAUCCAAGGUUGCAGAAGCCAGGCUGGAACUUGCCAAGAAAUAUGGCUAUGUCUUACCAGACAUAACUAAGGAUGAACUCUUUAAGAUGUUAAGUGCACGCAAGGAUCCUAGACAGAUAUUUUUUGGUCUUGCUCCAGGAUGGAUCGUAAACCUGGCAGACAAGAAAAUUCUAAAACCGACUGAUGAGAGUCUGUUGAAAUACUACAGCUCAUGAAUUCAGGACUGGACACAAUUGCAGGUGUACAGGAAACAUCUGGGUAUGAAAUAAUGGAUAGAAGUAGUGUGUGUUUGUUUGUUUUUAAGACUCCUGUUAUACUAGCAAAAACAUUUUUUCUUCAUGUAGUCUUCUGGUGUAGCUCUCAACUUUUUUAUUGUCAUAAUAGAGUGUAUCAGAAGUCUUAACAUUUGAAAACAAUGUAAAGUCUGACAUAAAUGUGGGUCUGGGCACUUUCUCUUCCAGUGGUUUGCCAGUUAUUUUUUCAAACAAAAGGUUUCGGUGUUGGGUUUGUUUCAGAGGAUAAUUCCAGAGUCAUUUGACCUAAUAAUUAGUUUAUAUUUCCCCCCUCAAUUUAAAAUCAGAAACAUGACUAUGCAAUAUAACUGUAAAACUAAUUUUAGUUUUGUACAAAGUUAUAAGUUCUUGAAAAUGUGUCUUGAAUAGCUCUUAAGAGGUAUUUUUGGUUGGGGAAAAAUAAAAAGAACCAGAAAAUAAAAGGAAUUAAAAUGUACUAAAGAUUGCAUUAACCUCUUCAGUUCCAUAGCUAUGUUUUGGAUUUUGCAUUGCUAUCAGUAGCAUUAGAGCUUGAGAGAUCUUGAUUUUUCUUCUAUUUCUUCAUCUGUAAUUGAGGAAGACAGAGUGUGCAGUUUAAAAUAACUUUCUAUCUAAAUUUGGGGCUGGGGGAGAAGAUAGCUGUCUUAAUUCAGUGACUUUUAUUAUUCAAAAGGAAUUUAACACUUGUCCUGAGGCAAAUGUUAUAUUAUUAAUAAAAAUGCAUAACAGAAGUCAGGGAUGGAGAUGUGAUUAUGAAGGAUGGGGAUGUGAUGAACAAAGUACACAGUUAAAAUUCAGUUUUCAGCUUGAUCACAGAUUGCGUGUGUGACAGCGGACAAAUGAAUUUAAAUGUUGCAAAAAGUUAUGAGUAAAUUGUGUUUAUGGGAAACAGUAUUUUAAUCACACCAACUUAAAUCUUGAAAAAUAUUUUUCUACAGAGGUCUGUUCUAUCAUUCUCUCCAGAAUUCUGCAUUAUUACUAUGCCAGAGUAUUGUAGGUUUUGUGUGGAAGCUUAGGAUUGGGCAUUUGAGACAGUGAACCAGACAGUAAAGAAGGAUGAGAGAGGAGACCAAGAUAAUGUAUCAGAAUGUGUUCUGGCUUCUUGGAAGUUAAUGAGCUGCUACAUAAUUAUGUAGUUUAAUGGAAGCUGAAUUUGGCUUUAAAAUAGUCAUAAUUUGAUUAUAAGAAUGCAGGAAAUGGUCCAGAAGACCAGAAGACGAGAAGUCAUCUUGCUUUCCAAUUUUCAUGUACCUUUGGAAAUGCUACUUAGCAUUUAGUUGCCUGUAGCUGCCAAACCAUCCCAUUUCAUAGGGAAAGUCCUCUGUGUCCUAGAAUCUCCUCUUUCUCCUGCUUGACAUCUGUAUUUUGCUGCUAUACCUCAAUGGAGGAGGAUUUAAGAAGAAUCUUUUUCUUUCAGACAAUAAAAUGAAGCGGAUGAGUUUUUGUUGGUGUUUGUCAGCCAGCCCAGAUUUUUUCUUCACUCAACAACCUGCCUUAUCAAUUAAUAUGACUAUAUGUAAUUGCAGAACAAAAUAAAAGAAGUCUUCUCAUUCUGAUUAAAUAAUCUGAAAUCAAGAGAUUAAGAAUAGAAAGUCAUUAAAUUUUGACAACGUACUCUUCAACUUCUGUUGUUCCUUGUUAAUGUGUGCUAAAUGCUAUCAGUAAUGGUCAUUCCCCGAUUCAGGGUUUAAGUAUAGGUGAAACGGCAAAACAACAGCAAUAUAAAAUUGAACUAUGAAUAGCAGGAAUUUUGUUUUAGUGGCAUUAACAUUCAUAUUUUGAAAGGUGCCAAACACUUUUUUGGCACAUUAAGAAUAAUUCUGUGUGCCAAAAAAAGUACAGUUGGUGUUAACUUGAAUGUGAAGUAAAUAACUUUCUCACUUUAGAUGUAUCCUGUUCUGCAUCCUGAUGAUUGUUGGUUUGGAACCUUAAAUGACAAGCAAUACUUUUUUCUUUUUUUUUUUUUUUUUGCAAGUUUUUGUUAUUA